AUGAACGUCGUACCACCAUCGAAUUUCCAAUCUCAAGUUUCUACAGAUAAAGGAUUAUCAUCAAAUGCCAUCAAAUCGUUGCCAGACACUCUACGUCAACAAAAUGGUGGUUCAGUACCACAAUCUAGUCAGCUAAGUAAUAGACAUCCAUUAGAAGCACGUCUGCAGAACUGGGAAGAGACUCAACGUAAGAGACAGUUGGAGCAGUACAGACAAAUAUUUGGUAUUGCAGAACCUAUGAAAAGAGUUAUGGAUUUAAAGCUUGUAGAACAAACUGAUUUCAACCCUUUGAACCAAUCAAAUCUACAUAGAGAUAUUCUUUUGAAUAAGGACUCUAGCAUUGAUUGGGAGGAUGUUUACGGUGAGCCACUUGUAAGCCAAAGUGGGAACUUACUGGGUGACGAUGUGCAUGCUAAGAUCGAAUCUCACACAGGUAUCUAA